CGUCGCACCCAACGCCCGCCAUGGCCUCCGACACGUUGGACUUUGGCUCUUUGGACAUGCCUGCCAAGACACCGUCCAUGGACAUGGCCGAGGCUGCUCUUGUGAGAGAGUUGAUCAAGGCGCUACGCGAGCCGGAGGAUGUUGUUAAAGUCUGGCUGGUGCUGGAGGAGAGCGAGCAACAGCGCGUGCUCUCGUAUUGCUUUGCCUGCCUUGACGAGCCCGACAUGUUUCUCGAGGCCGGUGACCUGCUCACGAUCAUCAUCCCGCACAUCACCUCACGCAAGCUCAAGGAAUGGGCUGUUUCCAUCCUGCGCUACAUCCGCGAGGAGACGCGGUACACAGAGACGCGCAAGACUGUGCUGGGCAUCUUGUGGGACACCGGCUUGCUGUAGCCUUACCGUCUGCGGCGGCGUGGCGCAUGUCAGAGCUUGCCGUCAGCCUUGAGCGCCUUGCGCAGCCGUGAGAGACGGGCCUGGAACUCGGGCGCAAGCUUGCCGCUAGCCAUCACC